AUGCGACCACCACGCUUGAUCAUUGUCCUCUUCUGCCUAAUCUUCUUUCCGAUCCUCCUGACUAUCUUUUCUGCGCUUACUUCGCCCGAUGUAUCGACUCCGAAUACACUCACUGGUCAAAGGACGGGCUUGCGCGCUCUAUUGUCUUUCAACAUUCCGUCAUCCCUCUUUCCGCCAUCGGCCAUUAUUAGUCUCACUGACGAUAACUCGACUUUCUUCCUCGCGCGACCAGCAGCAUUUGGUCCGCUCCUCCCUACCAAAGGUCUCAGCGGUCAGCUAUGGGUAGGGAGUGGUUUCGGAGAGGGAGGGUUAGCUGUUGGGGUAGAAGGAGAAUUAGGCUGCUCCGAUAUUCCCGGCUGGGGUGAAGGCACCAACCAUAAGAAACAAGAAAAGCCCUCUAGGGGCGCAGAACACAGUUCCGGCCGGUCCGGGGGUAACACAGUGAAUGAUCGGCCGUCAAAGCACGCGCGGUCGGUGUCGCAGGCCGAUGCCAUACCACCGAAUGAUCGAGAUGAUACACCCAUUCGGCCAUCCACAAACGACGGCACUGACGAUUAUUUGCACCAUCCACUUCCUGGAUCCGGCGCUUCGAACCCUGGAAUGUCUCAGAAAUACGGUGAUCAUGUCCAAAACAAACCACCGGCACAUGCCGAUAUCCAAUCGCUACAGGAAACUGCCGAAAUCCAGGGUAAGGUGGUGCUUUUAAGUCGAGGUGGCUGUGGAUUUUUAGAAAAGGUCAAAUGGGCGCAACGGCGAGGAGGAGUCGCUUUAAUCGUUGGCGAUGAUACUCGAGGUGGCAGCCUGGUCACCAUGUACGCGCGAGGCGAUACAUCGAACGUUACAAUCCCAGCACUGUUCACAUCUCACACAACUGCUCACCUUCUAUCUUCAUUGAUACCCGGACAUUCUGAGGGAGCUGCAAGCUUGGAAGAUGUCCUGAAAUCGUCUAAAGCGAAGCUUGCAGGUCAAGCUGACGCCGAUAAAGAACGAAUCAUAACUACCACGACAACCUCGAUUGCACCAACUCCAACAGCCAGCAGCCAGUCUAUGGCAAAGGGAAAACCUGAAGUGUCAUCUAAUCCAAAUGGUGGGUUCCUCCACGCCAUUGGUUCAUUCCUCGGGCUGUGCGAUAAGAACGUGGGCUCGCGGAAUUUGGAAGACAGCCGACGCCCUCCCAGCAGCGGCAAUAUUGACUGGGUCAACCUAGACUCGAGGAAUUAUAAGGAACCAUCUUCGAGCUCCUUGAGGAAAUCAAGAGAUCUCAACCACCGGGCUCGGACCACAGCCGACGACACAUUCGCUGGCCGCAAGGCCGAGAUCUCGGCUGAACGUUUUCAGGACGAUGACUUUGUUAUUGGGGUUCAAGAUUGGAGAGACCCCGAUUUGAUGCCUCCCAAGACUAGCAAACAGGCGACAGGUAGCACCUCUGCCACCGGCAAGAACACCUCCAAGACGGCUAGUAAGAUCAAAGACGUCGCUUCUUCCUCCCAUGGCCUUGAAGGCGGCAGCAUCACACCUGGAAGUGGAGAAUACCAGAGCAUCGAUAAGUCCAGUCUCGGUUCUCAUAAGACUCCCCCAACGGGGUCCAAAAACGAAGACAUUGAAGUUCAUGGGAAGUCUGGAUCUUCCCUGAAGGGUUGGUUCUCGAGCCAUUUUGGCUGGGGAGAUGGUAUAGAGCAAGACCCCCGGCCUUCUUCAUCCCCUUCGGUUCAGAAAAAUGUUGUAGCGAACCAGAAAUUGCAAAAUAGCCCUCAUGUAUCGAAUCGCCUCGGCGUGGAGUCUUUUGAGCACGAAGGACUAUGGGUUACAAUGACACCCACGAGCAUGUCCACCAGCCCCUUCUUCGAUACACUAUUAGUCCUUGUUGUGAGUCCAUUGCUCACACUGACAGUUGUGUAUGCCCUUUUGCUACUCCGAUCACGAAUUCGCCGUCGCCGCUGGCGUGCUCCAAAGUCAAUCAUUGAACGACUUCCUGUCCGAACCUAUCACACAAUCGCCACCACUUCUUCCUCGUCUUCCAACUCAACGCGCCCCUCGAGUCCCAGUAACCUCUCCCCUACCUCUCCUCUCCUUGGCAACGAAAGCCGAUCAAGCCCAUCCAGAUCAACCAGAUCACGUUCACAAACAUUUUCAGGCAUUGUGCCAGACUCGUCUGUCGUGCCUAAGGAGGAGAAGUGCAACCUACAAGGUGGAUCCACCCUGUGGCGACGGAAGUAUACAGGAAGGCAGGUAGAGUGUGUUGUAUGUCUCGAGGAGUAUAUCGAUGGGCAGAGCAAGGUGAUGAGCUUACCAUGUGGUCAUGAAUUCCAUGUGGAAUGCAUCACGCCCUGGUUGACUACUCGUCGCCGAACUUGUCCCAUCUGCAAAGGCGAUGUUGUUCGUUCGAUGACUCAUUGUCAGUCCAGUCAAUCCCGGACUCACCAAGAACAACCACACAAUGAAGUUCACUCCCCGGAUUCAGGUUCUCGAAACAGCACUUCUUCUGCUCCAGUACUCAUCGAAGGUGUCAAUGACGCGUCAGAUACAGAGCAAACUGCAGGUCUACUUGGUGACCAUGCAAAUUCUGCCCCACAGUCAAGCUGGAGAAACCUGGCGACCCUCAGCUUUUCAGCUCUCAGCGGUGAUACUAUAUGGCACCAGGCCCGUGCAGAUCGCAAUCGGUAA